GGGCUGCUGAGCGGCCUGGCCCAGGAAGCUUUCCACGGGCACCAGGGCAUCACGGAGGAGCUGCUGCGGAGCCAGCUCUAUCCGGAGGUGUCACUCGAGGAGUUCCGCCCCUUUCUGGCGAAGAUGAGGGGGAUUCUUAAGAGAGGUUGCCAUUUUUAUUGAAAAACCCGAGGCAGAAGUGUGUGUCAUUGAAGCAUUCAUAUUAGGUGAUAAUAUGGAAUCACUUUGCUCUGAUAUAUGAAGUUUACAUUGUAUGGAAUCUAUUGCAUCUGCAGACAUGGAUUUCAACCAGCUGGAGGCAUUCUUGACUGCUCAAACCAAAAAGCAAGGUGGGAUCACAUCUGACCAAGCUGCUGUCAUUUCCAAAUUCUGGAAAAGCCACAAGACAAAAAUUCGAGAGAGCCUAAUGAACCAGAGCCGUUGGGACAGUGGGCUUCGGGGCCUGAGUUGGAGAAUUGACGGCAAGUCGCAGUCAAGGCAUUCAGCUCAAAUUCACACCCCUGUUGCUAUAAUGGAGCUGGAAAUAGGGAAAAAUGGACAGGAAUCUGAAUUUCUGUGUUUGGAAUUUGAUGAAGUCAAGGUCAAUCAACUCCUAAAGAAGCUCUCAGAGGUAGAAGAAAGUAUCAGCACACUGAUGCAGCCAGCCUAGCUGAAAAUGGAGUUGUUGAAGCAAAGGUGUUCAUGAUCGUUCCCCAGUGACCUGGGGUUUUUGUUGUUGUUUUGUUGUUUUUUUAAAAAAUCUUUUCCCCCCAUUAGUAUUAAAUACUCAAAUUCAAAUCUUGCCUGUCUCUGCUUGCUGGGAUUUCUUUCUCUUUCCCUUUCAUUCACUCUUACAGUUGUACUACUUGCAGCAUGUAGAGGUGCUCAUAAAAGCAUUUUAUUAUUUUUUUUAAGAUUUUAUUUUUAAGUAAUCUCUACAUCCAGCGUGGGGCUCGAACUCACAACCCUGAGGUCAAGAGUCACAUGCUCCACUGACUGAGCCGGCCCGGUGCCCCAUCAUAAAGGCAUUUUAAAAAGAAGGCUUCCAGGACUGUAUCCCUAGACUUGAAUUCUGUAGGACUAGGUGGAGUCAACUUUAGAAACCCUUGCUAUGAUGGUUUGUUCCUGGAGUAGGAUUUUAGGAAUUUAUACAUGAUAAAUGAUGGAAGAAUUAGAAAGAGGGCAAGAAAACAUUUUUUUUUUUUUAAGAUUUUAUUUAUUUAUUUGACAGAGAGAGACACACAGCGAGAGAGGGAACACAAGCAGGGGGAGUGGGAGAGGGAGAAGCAGGCUCCCCGCAGAGCAGGGAGCCCGAUGUGGGACUCGAUCCCAGGAACCUGGGAUCAUGACCUGAGCCGAAGGCAGACGCUUAAUGACUGAGCCACCCAAGCACCCAAGAAAACAUUUUUAAAAAAGAUUUUAUUUAUUUAUUUGGCAGAGAGAGAGCAGGAGAGCUCAAGUAGUGGGAGCGGCAGAGGGAGAAGCAGGCCCCUGUCAAGCAGGGAGCCCAGUGCGGGGCUCGAUAAUGACCUGAGCUGAAGGCAGUCGCUUAACCAACUGAGCCACCCUGGUGCCCUGGAAGAAAACAUUUUAUUCAUGCAAAUACAAGGCUGACCAAAAGCCAUGUGUCUUCAACUGAGGCUUAGAGGAGCCUGCCUAACCUAGAAAAGGUUUACUGACCCUGGUAAAACCUGCAGUGCUCCUGGACCUGAUUCAGGCAUUUGGAUUCAUCUUCACUAAAUCUGGGGGAUCUGGUUUGAUCCAAACCACUGAGAAACUUGGGCUUUUCUGGAACCUAGAACUAAACGGUCCUUGUCACAAAGGGACUCCCUUCGCUUACCUCAAGUCAGGAUUGUAUGAAGGGAAAAAUGUCUGCUGAGGUCUUUCACAUCAGAAAAUUUUACUUGGGUCAUCGCAUAAAACCUCUUCAAGAAAACUAAUGUAGGGGCACCUGACUGGCUCAGUCGGUAGAACAUGAGACUCUUGAUCUUGGGGUUGUGGGUGUAGAAAUUAGUUAAAAAAUAAAUAAAAAUUUAAAAAGUUAAAAGAAAGAAAGAAAACUAGUGUAAAAACUAGGUCCUCAUAGAGAAGUUAUACCAAACACCAAGAAUACUCUAAAAGGAGGAAGCUGUCAACCAGUAUAUUGAGGCCAUGGCCCUUGUUUAACAGGUUUUAUCGUCUGAUACUGACAACAUUUAGAAACCCCAGGUACCUUUGAGAUGUAAUGUGUUCAAAAAAUGUAGUUCUCUUGGUCAGUGGUUACACCAUAUGUCAGUUCUAAUGAGUUUAUUCUAGGGCAGGAAUAAGUUCUCUGCUGUUAAACAUUUCCUCCUAAAUCAGUUUGCAGACAUUUUAGGAACUCUUCCAACACCCAAGCUGAAAAUAUUGGCUUCCUGUCUGAUUAAAACCAUCCCAGCAGUUAGCAAACAAUGACCAGAAGGUCUUAAAUGUAGCCCCUGUGGACCCUUGAGAAAACAUCUUGAAACAGUAUGGUAAAUAGAUUCAGAGAAAGCGUGUGGUUUGGCCAAAGAACUAUUAAAACUUGCUUUCUGUUUCCAGGGCUACUGUCAUGUGAUCCAGGAGAAUUUAGAUAAUGUCUUCUACUAUAAAAUGGAGGAAAAGAGUAUCCCAACAUAUAGUGGGAUUCCAGAUGUCAUUGGAAGGAAGAACUGUAGCUACCACAUUAGUAUUGACUCACAUAUCCAGUGAAAGUCUGUGAAAGCCUAAAAGAACAAUCCAUGGGCUCACAGGGAGAGGAAAUCAUUGUUGUGGUUUGAAGCUCUGUUGAGGUCAUCCUAUAAAAUUCAUAGCCACAAAAGUGGAUAUAGGCUUUUUAUCAUAACCCCCAAACCCUAGGUCAUUAGAAAAUCUGUUAAUGUAUACUGAGUUUUUCAUAAUAAUAAUAAUAGUAGUAAAAGAAACUGGUUGCUGAAGGUGGUGCCACACUUAACACUAAACAUUUCGGAACACAAGUGGUUUUAGACAGGGCGUGUUUGUGUGUGGUAUAUUUAGUGGUGAUUUUUUAAAUACCUGAUUUCCAAAGGAAUAUAUGUUUAUUAUAGUCUAUUGUGAGAAAUCAGACCACAGUAAGGACAGUUAAAUGACCUAUCGGCCUAACCUACAGAGACAACAGAAAGAAGGCUGGAACUAGGUGAAGAGUUGCCUUUCCUUAAAUAAAUUUCUGGAAGUGGAACACAUGGUUUUUAAGACUUUGAUAGAUAUUACCAAAUAGUUCUCCAGAAAUGUUAUAUCAGUUUGUAUAACCUCUAAGAAAGUAUGAAAAUAAAUCACCCCCUUUCUUGCCUAAUUGGAUAGUAUGUUUUUUUUGUUUUGUUUUAAUUUUGGGGAACUGACUUGUUUUUGUAAAUCUUUGCAAGGGACAUUUAAACCAGGAAUUCUCCCUGGGAAUAGUGCAAGCGUGGAGAAAGGACCAGGGAAGGAGAAAACUGGCAUAAGGGUCCCAGCAGAUGCCACUAGGUUUCUUACCUUGGUAAUCCUAGGUUAAAAUCACUUUAUUUUGAGUUCAAGAAAUGUGGGGUAAAAUUAAAAUAGGCUUUAUCCUGAUUUAGGCCUUGCAGAAAUUGUCCCUACUUGAGCAAUAAGCACUCUAACUUCAGUCUGUUUAGAGACAGUCCAGGCAAGCCAAAAUUUGCUUUUAUAAUAGAGUCAGAAAGAAACUUCAGCAUUCAGUAGUUUCAUGUUGAUAGGAGCAAAGGAUUUGGCCUUAAUCUCAGGCCUGGCUUUUCUUGGAAGCUCUGGUUUCUAUUGGCUUCAUCAGGGAAGGCUUAAAUUUUACCGUUACAGCCUCCCCUUUCCUUUACUUAACCUCUCUUCCUGUAGUGUUAUUUUUUUUUUAAUCCUCUUUAUUUCACUCAUCCUGUCUACCCACCUCCCCUCUGGCAACCACCAAUUUGUUCUCUAUAUUCAAGAGUCUGUCUUUUCCUUGUUCAUUUGUUUUAUUUUUUAAAUUCCACGUAUGAGUGAAAUCAUAUGAUAUUUGUCUUUCUCUGACUUAUUUCACUUAGCAUUAUACUCUCUAGAUCCAUCCAUGUUGCUGCAAAUGUCAAGAUUUCAUUCUCUUAAAAAAAAAAAAGAUUUCAUUCUCUUUUAUGGCUGAAUAAUAUUUUUGUGUGUGUGUGUGUGCGUGCGCAUGCGUGUGUGUACCACAUCUUCUUUAUCCACUUGUAUAUGGAUGGACACUUGAGUUUCUUCCACAUCUUGGCUAUUGUAUAUAAUGCUGCAGUAAACAAAGAGGUGCAUUUAUCUUUUUGAAUUAAUAUUUUCUUUGGGUAAAUAUCCAGUAGUGGAAUUACUAGAUCAUGUGGUAACCUGUUUUUAAUUUUUUGAGGAACCUUCAUACUGUUUUCCGUAGUGGCUGCACCAAUUGGCGUUCUCACCGAAAGUAUAGAAGGUUUCCCUUUUCUCCAUAUUCUUGCCAACAUUUGUUAUUUCUUGUCUUUUUGAUUUUAGCUAUUCUGACAAGUGUGAGGUGAUAUGUCAUUGUUGUUUUGAUUUGCAUUUCCCUGAUGAUUAACUAUGCUGAGUAUCUUUUCAUAGAUCUAUUGGUCAUUUGUAUGUCUUUUUUGGAAAAAAUGUCUUUUCAGGUUUUCUGCCCAUUUUAGAUUAUUUGGUGUUUUUUUGUCUUCUUUAAUGAUGAUUCAAAAGGAACUGUAGCACUUAAAAAUUUCAUUUGACUUAGUCUCUCCCAGAUGCAAGAAGGCAGUGAAAAGCAAAGGAUGACAUUUAGUAUCUGAAUCUUUAAUAGCUGACACGGUGUCAAGCUAACAGUUACUGAAAUUCUUUUUUUAGACCUGAGUGAAAAUUUGGAAAACAGAAUAUGUAUAGAAAUUCAAGGAAAUUAAAUGAUAAACAGAUGUUGGAAAAUAAUGUUUUCUGAAGUACACAAUAAAUACCUAAACCAGUGAAGAGACAGGAUAAGAAGGAAGACUUCUAGAGUCAGCUCAAAAAUGAUUGGGUAUUUUUCUAAAAGAACGGGAUGCUGGAAGGGAUGGUCUUAGUAGGACAAUUGCCCCUUAUAACUUUAGCUGUCCCAACUUUCCAGCCAAAAUUUUUUCAAUAUCUUAGAUGGUGACUUAGCUAGCAGAAGGGGAAACCCAAACAGAACAUAAGUAGUUUGCAAAGUAUACAGUUUUUUACCUCAAAAUUCGAGAAAUAGCAUUUUUUUUUUUUUUUUAAUCUAAGUUCAGUCAGUUCUCAGUUCUCCCUUACCUGGGGAUGGCCAUGACUGUCAUAGCAUCAUGACUGAAUACAGCACUGAAGUAACUUUUGUUAUAAGGGAACCUGCCUAGGCCUGCUUUCUGUCAGGUAAAUGGUACGUAUAUUAUCAGAAUAAAAUACUAAACCUGUAUGUGAGCAUAUAGCAAAAUAUGAGUAUUUAUAUCAUUAACUCACCAAGGACUAUAAUUAGGCUUUUUGUUUCUCUUUUACCUACCUACUCUUGGCUAGUUUUGUUUUGUUUUGUUUUCUUCUCUUUUCUUGUAGGCUCCAUGCCCAAUGUGGGGCUUGAACUCAAAACCCUGAGAUCAAGAGUUGCAUGCUCUACCGACUGAACCAGCCAGGUGCCCCUUGGCUAGAUUUCUGUUUCAAAUUCUGUUUAUUCACAGGAGGAAGUGGGGAAAUAUGGAUUGCACAAGUGCAGGAAGAGAUUAAACUGUUAGUUUAAAAAGAAAUUUAGGCUAGGGGCGCCUGGGUGGCUCAUUCGUUAAGUGUCUGCCUUUGGCUCAGGUUAUGAUCGCAAGGUCCUGGGUUUGAGCCCGCAUCGGGCUCCCUGCUCGGCGGGAAGCCUGCUUCUUCCUCUCCCAUUCCCCUUGCUUGUGUUCCCUCUCUCGCUGUGUCUCUCUCUGUCAAAUAAAUAAAAUCUUAAAAAAAAAUUUUUUUUAGGCUAAAAAAUGAAAAUAGUUAAAAUCCUUAAUACUGUUAUUAUAUUUUUUUACUUUAGAGAAAUAAAAAUAAAUUGGGGAAUUUUAUGAUUCAUAAAUAGUGGCUGUUUUUAGAAUCAUGGCUAAGAUUUGGCACUGAUCUCAAAAUGACUGGGAAGCUUUUGGUAGAAGCCAUUUUGCCAUCUGGCAAACAUCUGGACAGAUGGGCAGAGGACUUUCACAAGGCCAUGGUCGGGAAGAGACCUCAGGGCAGUAUCUUCCAUUUCCAUAUUCUAUCUGCCAAACCCUCCAAAAGAAUAUGUGCUUGAAAAAAAUACCUGUGUCCUUGCUCAAUGUGACAGUUCCUACAGUGAUGGCUUUUGUAUGCAGAUAUGACCUACAGGAUGUGAGGUCCUGUGUCAUUUGCAACCUGCAUCCACGUUAGACCUGUUUCUGUGCUGAGGCUGCUGAGGCUCUUUGUAGAGCCUAAUAAUGUUUCUGAUGUUUCUGAUGACCUUGGCCUCACUGUCCACUCAAUGCCACUCAUUCUUGGAUGCAAUGUGCAAGAUGAGUCUGUUGCCACGUGGGGCUUCCUGGCUAUCCUCAGUACCCAGGUAGGCAGCAGACUGUCUUUAUCCUCCCUAGACAACCAUGACCCAAGCUUGCUAAAUAUACCAUAACUCUUGGCCAUUACUUCAUUGUAACAAUGUCUGUAGUGAAUUUUGUAGCAGCUACUUCCUCAUUAGUAUGGUUUUCUCAACAUGAUCUAGCCAUGGUGCCAUGGAACAGAGGUCAAAAAAAUUUUUUUUAACAUUUUAAUUAUAAAAAUAAUACAUGCUCAUUAGGGGGACCCGGGUGGCUCAGUCAGUUAAACACCCAACUCUUGAUUUGGGCUCAGGGCCUGAUCUCAGGGUCAUGAGAUUGAGCCCUGUAUCAGGUUCUGCACUAGGUGUGGAGUCUGCUUUGGAUUCUCUCUCUCCCUGUCCCUCUGUCCCUCCCUUGCUCUCUCUCUAAAAAAAAAAAAAAAAAUACUAUGGAUACAUGCUCAUUAAAAAAUUACUCAUAAUUUUUUAUUUUUUCAUAGUUUAAUUUUUAAAUCAGAGCAAAACUGGAGCAAAACAUGAUUCUCCCUUGCUUUCUGCUUUAAAAAAGAAAACUCUCUCCUGAGGUGCCUGGCUGGCUCAGUCAGUAGAUCAUGCAACUCUUGGCCUCAGGGUUGUUAGUCUGAGCCCCACAUUGGGUGAAGAGAUUACUUAAAAAUCUUUAAAAAAAAAAUAAAAAUAAAAAGUCUCUAUCCCUAGAAGUAGUUGUUAUAACAGUUUGGUGUGUUUCCUUCCAGAUACUUUCUAUGCACACAAAAAUAUAUUACUAGUUAUACUUUCAAAGCAUCAUUUUAGAAGGCAUUGAUCACAGCUGAAAGAUACAACAAAAAAGAAAAACACGCUACAGGGAAUAAGAGAUUAGAUGAUACAGAAGAAUGGAUCAGUCAUCUGGAAGACAUGGUAAUGGAAAUCUCCGAAGCUGAACAGUAAAAAGAAACAAGAAUUUUUAAAAAUGAGGAUAAGUUUAAGGGACUUCUGGAACAACAUCAAGCAUAAUAACAUUUGAAUCAUAGGGGUCUCAGAGGGAAAAGAGAGAGAAGCAGGCAGAAAACUUACUUGGAGAAAUAAUAGCUGAAAACUUUUUUGACCUGGGAACAGAUAUCCAGGUUCGAAAGGCAAAGAGAGUUCCAAACAAGAUGAACUGAAAGAGAUCCACACCAAAAUAUAUCAUAAUUAAAAUUAAAAAAUAAAAGGAAUAAGAGAAAAGCAAUUAGUUACAUAUAACGGCUUGUCCAUAAGACUAUAAGCUAAUUUUUCAGCAGGAACUUUGUAGCUAGAAGGGAAUGGCACAAUAUAUUCAAAGUACUGAAAGUAAAAAACUUAUAACCAAGAAUACUCUAACUGGCAAGGUUAUCAUUCAUAUUGAAGGGGAGAUACAGAGUUUCCCAGAUAAGCAAAAGCUAAAAGAGUUUGUUACCACUAAACUGGCUUUACAAGACAUACUAAAGGGACUUCUUUAAGCAGAAAAGAAAAGGCUGUAAAUAGAAAUAAGAAAAUAUAUUUUUUAAAAAAUAUCACUGAUAAAGGCAAACAUAUAGUAGAGGUAGUGGAUCAACCAUUUAUAAAGCUAGUAUGCAAGUUAAAAGAUAAAAGUAGUGAAACCAACUAUAUCUACAAUAAUUAGUUAAGGGAUACACAAAAUGAAAAGUUGUAAAGUAUGAUGUCAAAAACAUAAAAUGGAGCUAAAAUGUAAUGCUUUUAGAAUGCAUUUGAACUUAGAUGACCACCAACUUAAAAUAGACUGGUAUAUAUAAGGUUGUUUUUUGUGAACUUCAUGAUAACCACAAGCCUAUAAUAGAUACACAAAAAAUAAAAAAGAAUCCAAACAUAACAUUAAAGAUAAAAUCAUUAAAUCACAAGGGAAGUGUGCAAGAGAAGAUGAAAGGAACAGAGAACUAUAAAAACAACCAGAAAACAACAAAAUGACAAUAAAUACAUACCUAUCAAUAAUUACUUUAAAUGGAAGUGGACUAAAUGCUUAAAUUGAAAAACAAAGGGUGGCUGAAUGGAUAAAAUACAAGACCCAUCUGUAUGCUUCCUACAAGAGACUAACUUCAGAUCUAAAGACACACAAAGGGUGAAAAUGAAAGGAUAGAAAAAGAUAAUCCAUGCAAAUGGAAAUAAAAGUUGGGGUAGCAAUACUUUUAUCAAACAGACUUUAAAAUAAAGCCUAUAACAAGAGAUAAAGAAGGGCAUUGCAUAGUGAUAAAGGGCUCAAUCCAUCAAGAAGAUAAAACUCUUGUAAAUAUUUCUGCACCCAGUGAAGGAGCACCUAAAUAUAUAAAGCAAAUAUUAACAGACAAAAAGGGAGAAAUUGACAGUAAUACAGUAAUAGUAUUAACUCUCCACAUCUAUCAGCAGAUCAGACAGAAUUGUGAAGGAUAGACAGUAUGUCUUUGGAUCUGGAGGUGGAAAGGAAACACAUUUCCAGGAAUGUGUGGGGUCACACCUCUUCAUAGAAAGGGUCUUUUUUUUUUUUCCUUGGUGGAUGUUUACAAACCUGGGUCAUACCUGGCUCAUCAUCUGGAGCUCAGGUUCUUGGUGAUGAGCUGUUAUAAAUCAAGAGCUGAGAAAAGGGAGAUGAAUGCAGUUAUGUUCCCAUGGAAGACAAACAAAGCUAAACAUAGCCAGAGUAAGAGAACCUUGACUGCUAACAGACAUGGGACUGUGCAAGUGAACAAACCCCAGAGCUCACUCUGUCCUUGGGGAAUUGAGGCCAGAAACAGUUUCUGUAGCAUCCCUAGCAGAGCUGUGGACUCAUUCCGACUUGAUUGGGAAGGGAGGUGAGGUCUGUUGUUAUUGUAAGAGUUGCUUAUCUUCCUUCUGAAGAGAACCCCUGGGGCCUAGAUUCUAGAAAAGGAAGGGAAAUUGAGGAGAAUGUUCUUAGGGAGGAAAAAUUUUCCUCCACUAUUGAAGAUUCUUUUGGUUGGUCUAAAAAUUAAAUUGACAUAAGAUAUUAACAGAAGAAAAUAAAAUUUAAUUAUGUAUGUAUUGGGGUUCCAUAAGAAUAGGAGGCCCACAGGUGACAUCAGGCAAUUGAGGCUUAUAUUGCCAUUCUGAAUGAAGGAGAAUAGGAUAGGGGUCUGGGACUUCAAAGGGAAGGAAGACAAUUCACAGGAAGAUGAAAAAGAGUAAAUAUGUUUGGUAAACAAAUGUUUGCUAGGCCAUACAGAAACAGUGGGAACAGGAAUUUUAACAGACUUUACCAAGUUCCUUCCUGUCUGCCACCCCUAGUUUAUAUUAUGCUGUGGUUAUCUAUGGUGAUAGCUCCCUUCCUGGAGGAGGUCCUCCAUCUAAAUUGUUCUAGGCAGUGAGAGGAAGGUCAAAGAUUCUUCCUGAACCUUCUGUCUCUUCAAAAUAAUCAGCCUAAAACGCACAUUUUCCUUCCCUACAGUACAGCCUUUGAAACUUCUCCAAGAAGUUCACAGUUUACAAGUUGAGUUGGCAGAUUGUUUCAUCUUACUGAGUUGGUCCUUUAGUCCUGAGAAUAGGUCAGUUCAGUUAAACUCAUUUCAGCAGGCUGUGAUGCAGGUACACUUCCAAAGUAGGCUUGUGGUUCAAAUACUCAGGUAUUAAACGAGGCAUUUCUAGGGAAAUAAAAAUAGUGGGUAACGAGUGGAGCAAAUUAUAAACCAGUUUCUGAGUUGUGAUAGCAGCCAAUUUAGGAGACUUUUAAAUGUCCAGCUCAAGGUAUCUUUGGGUGGAGUGAAGGCAGGCAGUGGCAAUCUGCUAGAUUUUCCUUGGUUGCAAAUGAAUGCCCCCGAUGAUCAUUCUGAGUGACUACACAACAAUUGGCACAAGCAUUAUCCAUACAUGAGCGGUUGUAGUGAUUUCUCAAAGUUUAUAAAGGCAUUCAUAUUCAGUUUAUAGGGCUUCAGGGGAAAGGACACUUUUAGUUUUCAAUGAUUCCAAGUCAGAAGGGCAGAAGGGCAGGUAUUUUGGAGGGCUGUAGCCAGACAUUAGAAGAAACAAGAGUUCAGGAUUUAGUCCAGUUUACAAUGAGAAUCUAAUAUCCACAAGGUGUGCCAUUGAAACGGUUUUUUUCUCUCAACAGUCACCCUCAUUUCUACCAAAGAUAGCCUAAUUAAGACUAAUUUGUUUGCAAACUAAACCUUGUUUCAAUAAACUUGGCUUGAUUAUUUCUACAAGUGCAACAGGAAGAGCAAUUGAUCAUGUAGCUUCUUUUAAAUCUACUUUGCUGGGACCUUUCAGAAGGAAUCUCCAAAUUGUACUUUUUAGCUGCCAAAUACUUGUCAUUAGACUUUGCCUGCAAUACCUAUAGCUUUGGGUUACUUUAUCUCUUCUCCAGGUCCCCAAAAUAUCCUGAGGUUCCUGCACCUGCCAGGAAGUGACCUUUUUCACUCACCUGGUAAGGCUGCUGGGAACACUGUAAGCAAGGCAUCUGGCUGAUACUUCCAAAGGGCUUUAUUGGUUCCAUUAAGUCAACCUUAGUUUCUUAAAGCUGUCCAGUCGUAUAUGAAUCUAUGUACAUCUCUCAAAUAUGACAUUACAGUCAAAGCCUAGGUAAUAUAAUCAAUGUUUCCAGUUGUGUCAUUACAAGAACAGAUUCUUAUUGAACUUAUGCAAAAAUAUGUUGCCAUAAGAGUAAGAAUAUUCAUUAAGAGCUUUUGAAUUCUAGAGGGAUACAGUAGGGAGAAAAAGAUACAUGUUUCAGUUCUGCUUGCACAGGUACAAUUUACCAAGUUGCUGUAAGGCAUAGUUAAAGAGGAAAUGUUUCCUUUUAUCUGGAAAAUUAAAAAUUACAGAACAGCACUAUUAUAAACAGAAAUUGAUAAAAAUUAUAUUCAUUUCCUCAGUUUAUUCAGUCCCAUAUAAUUCAUUUUUGUUCUUGAACAAGUUCCUGUUUCUCUAUUCUAGAAAUUUUAUCAAGUUCAGAUUUAUGAUCUUAAAGUUAUCAGAAAUCCAAUACAAGCAUUUUUGCGGGAACACUUUUGUAAAAGCAUUAGAGCAAAAGAAUAACUGUCUGUAAAUGACAAAAAACUUUAAAAUGGCCUGGUUAAAGCUCUGAUUAGGGUUCAUUACAAUGCAAUUGACAAGGAAAUUUGGUUAUUUCUGUGACAUACAACAUUUUAAGAUAAUAACUAAAAUUAUGACUGAUGACAUGCCAGGACUUAUCAGAAUUUUUAGGAAUUUUAUACAAUUUCUAGAACACUUACAUUAAUAUUUACCCAUACAAUAUAAUUUUAAAAGAUUAUUCAUUUAUUUGACAAUGUUUUUCAUGUAAUUUAACAUAUUAAAUAAGCCUAGUUCGUUUAACAUCUUUUAUAAGGAGAGAGAAAAAUCUUGUGGUUUUUCAAGAACGCUCUGAAAAAUUCCAGUUAUUUUGAGGUUAAAACAGCUUCAUUUAAGGUUUAAAUUUUGGAUAGUUUGUCAAAAUGUCAAAAGGGUUUUUUUUUAAUGUUAUGUUAAUCACCGUACAUUAUGUCAUUAGUUUUUGAUGUAGUGUUCCAUGAUUCAUUGUUUGCGUAUAAUACCCAGUGCUCCAUUCAGUACGUGCCCUCUUUAAUACCCAUCACCAGGCUAACCCAUCCCCCCACGCCCCUCCCCUCUAGAACCCUCAGUUUGUUUCUCAGAGUCCAUAGUCUCUCAUGGUUCAUCUCCCCCUCCAAUGUCCCCCCCCUUCAUUUUGCCCUUCCUGCUAUCUUCUUUUUUUUUUUUUUUAAAUAUAUAAUGUAUUAUUUGUUUCAGAGGUACAGGUCUGUGAUUCAACAGUCUUAUACAAUUCACAGCGCUCACCAUAGCACAUACCCUCCCCAGUGUCUAUCACCCAGCCACCCCAUCCCUCCCACCCCUCACCACUCCAGCAACCCUCAGUUUGUUUCCUGAGAUUAAGAAUUCCUCAUAUCAAUGAGAUCAUAUGAUACACGUCUUUCUCUGAUUGACUUAUUUCACUCAGCAUAAUACCCUCCAGUUCCAUCCACGUCAUUGCAAAUGGCAAGAUUUCAUUCCUUUUGAUGGCUGCGUAAUAUUCCUGUGUGUGUGUGUAUGUGUGUGUAUACCACAUCUUCUUUAUCCAUUCAUCUGUCAAUGGACAUCUUGGCUCUUUCCAUAGUUUGGCUAUUGUGGACAUUGCUGCUAUAAACAUUGGGGUGCAUGUACCCCUUUGGAUCCCUACAUUUGUAUCUUUGGGGUAUAUACCCAGUAGUGCAAUUGCUGGGUCGUGUGGUAGCUCUGUUUUCAACUUUUUGAGGAACCUCCAUACUGUUUUCCAGAGUGGCUGCACCAGCUUGAAUUUCCACCGAGAGUGUAGGAGGGUUCCCCUUUCUCUGCAUCCCCGCCAACAUCUGUCGUUUCCUAACUUGUUAAUUUUAGCCAUUCUGACUGGUGUGAGGUGGUAUCUCAUUGAGGUUUUGAUUUGGAUUUCCCUGAUGCCGAGCGAUGUUGAGCACUUUUUCAUGAGUCUGUUGGCCAUUUGGAUGUCUUCUUUGGAAAAAGGUCUGUUCAUGUCUUCUGCCCAUUUCUUGAUUGGAUCAUUUGUUCUUUGGGUGUUGAGUUUGAUAAGUUCUUUUUUUUUUUUUUAAGUUUGAUAAGUUCUUUAUAGAUUUUGGAUAUUAGCCCUUUAUCUGAUAUGUCAUUUGCAAAUAUCUUCUCCCAUUCUGUCAGUUGUCUUUUGGUUUUGUUGACUAUUUCUUUUGCUGUGCAAAAGCUUUUUAUCCUGAUGAAGUCCCAAUAGUUCAUUUUUGCCUUUGCUUCCCUUGCCUUUAGCAAUGUUUCUAGGAAGAAGUUGCUGCGGCUGAGGUCAAAGAGGUUGCUGCCUGUGUUCUCCUUUAGGACGUUGAUGGACUCCUGUCUCACACUGAGGUCUUUCAACCAUUUUGAGUCUAUUUUUGUGUGUGGUGUAAGGAAAUGGUUCAGUUUCAUUCUUCUGCAUGUGGCUGUCCAAUUUUCCCAACACCAUUUGUUGAAGAGACUUUUUUCCAUUGGACAUUCUUUCCUGCUUUGUCAAAGAUUAGUUGACCAUAGAGUUGAGGGUCCAUUUCUGGGCUCUCUAUUCUGUUCCAUUGAUCUAUGUGUCUGUUUUUGUGCCAGCACCGUACUGUCUUGAUGAUUACAGCUUUGUAGUAGAGCUUGAAGUCCGGAAUUGUGAUGCCACCAGCUUUACUUUUCUUUUUUUUUUUUUUUUAAAGAUUUUAUUUAUUUAUUUAUUUGAGACAGAGAGAAUGAGAGACAGAGAGCAUGAGAGAGAGGAGGGUCAGAGGGAGAAGCAGACUCCCUGCCGAGCAGGGAGCCCGAUGCGGGACUCGAUCCCGGGACUCCGGGAUCAUGACCUGAGCCGAAGGCAGUUGCUUAACCAACUGAGCCACCCAGGCGCCCUACUUUUCUUUUUCAACAUUCCUCUGGCUAUUCGGGGUCUUUUCCGGUUCCAUACAAAUUUUAGGAUUAUUUGUUCCAUUUCUUUGAAAAAAGAGGAUGGUAUUUUGAUGGGGAUUGCAUUGAAUGUGUAGAUUGCUCUAGGUAGCAUUGACAUCUUCACAAUAUUUGUUCUUCCAAUCCAUGAGCAUGGGACAUUUUUCCAUUUCUUUGUGUCUUCCUCAAUUUCUUUCAUGAGUAUUUUAUAGUUUUCUGAAUACAGAUCCUUUGCCUCUUUGGUUAGAUUUAUUCCUAGGUAUCUUAUGGUUUUGGGUGCGAUUGUAAAUGGGAUCGACUCCUUAAUUUCUCUUUCUUCUGUCUUGUUGUUGGUGUAUAGGAAUGCCACUGAUUUCUGUGCAUUGAUUUUAUAUCCUGCCACUUUACUGAAUUCCUGUAUGAGUUCUAGCAGUUUUGGGGUGGAGGCUUUUGGGUUUUCCACAUGAAGUAUCAUAUCAUCUGCAAAGAGUGAGAGUUUGACUUCUUCCUUGCUGAUUCGGAUGCCUUUUAUUUCUUUUUGUUGUCUGAAUGCUGUGGCUAGGACUUCUAAUACUAUGUUGAAUAGCAGUGGUGAUAGUGGACAUCCCUGCCAUGUUCCUGACCUUAGGGGGAGAGCUCUGUUUUUCCCCAUUGAGAAUGAUAUUUGCUGUGGGUUUUUCAUAGAUGGCUUUUAUGAUACUGAGGUAUGCACCCUCUGUCCCUACACUCUGAAGGGUUUUGAUCAAGAAAGGAUGCUGUACUUUGUCAAAUGCUUUUUCUGCAUCUAUUGAGAGGAUCAUAUGGUUCUUGUUCUUUCUUUUAUUAAUGUAUUGUAUCACAUUGAUUGAUUUGCGGAUGUUGAACCAACCUUGCAGCUCAGGGAUAAAUCCCACUUGGUUGUGGUGAAUAAUCCUUUUAAUGGACUGUUGGAUCCUAUUGGCUAGUAUUUUGGUGUUCAUCAAGGAUAUUGGUCUGUAAUUCCCCUUUUUGAUGGGGUCUUUGUCUGGUUUGGGGAUCAAGGUAAUGCUGGCCUCAUAGAACAAGUUUGGAAGUUUUCCUUCCAUUUCUAUUUUUUGGAACAGUUUCAGAAGAUUAGGUAUUAAUUCUUCUUUAAGUGUUUGGUAGCAUUCCCCUGGGAAGCCAUCUGGUCCUGGGCUUUUGUUUGUUGGGAGAUUUUUGAUGACUGCUUCAAUUUCCUUAGUGGUUAUGGGUCUGUUCAGGUUUUCUAUUUCUUCCUGGUUCAGUUUUGGUGUUUAUACAUCUCUAGGAAUGCAUCCAUUUCUUCCAAAUUAUCUAAUUUGCUGGCAUAUAGUUGCUCAUAAUAUGUUCUUAUAAUUGUUUGUAUUUCUUUAGUGUUGGUUGUAAUCUCUCCUCUUUCAUUCAUGAUUUUAUUUAUUUGGGUCAUUUCUCUUCUCUUUCUGAUAAGUCUGUCCAAGGGUUUAUCAGUCUUGUUAAUUCUUUCAGAGAACCAGCUGCUAGUGUCAUUGAUCUGUUCUACUGUUCUUUUGGUUUCUAUUUCAUUGAUUUCUGUUCUGAUCUUUAUUAUUUCUCUUCUCCUUCUGCAUUUAGGCUUUAUUUGCUGUUCUUUCUCCAGCUCCUUUAGGUGUAAGGUUAGGUUGUAUAUUUGAGACCUUUCUUGUUUCUUGAGAAAGGCUUGUAUUGGUAUAUACUUUCCUCUUAGGACUGCCUUUGCUGCAAUGUCAAAAAGGUUUUAAAACACUUCGCCAUAUAGGAUCAGAGAUCACUGUGAAACAUUACCUAGUUAUCCGCUUAACCAUGGUGACAAAGACUUUGCAGACAAACACAGAAAAUUAAAUGAUCAUAAAAAGGAAAAACUUAGCUCUUUCCAUAUUGAGAAGAUUCUAUUUUCUUAAGUAAUCCAAGGCCUGAUAAAGACAACAUGAAGCACAGGACCUUAUUUUGAUAAAAUACAGAAUAUUUGUUUUCUAGACAGAUUACACUAAGAGCAAAGAAAAACCCUUUAUAAUCUCUUAAUAUCAAGAGCAGACCAAUAGUUUAAGAAGACCAUCCUUUGAACAGAGAGAAAAACCAAAUUUUAAUUUUGCACCAGCUUACUUUUGAUGUUAAAACUCAUUUACUUAAAUUCAUUCCAAUGUUAGGCAGUCUCCACCAUAGGUAAAAUUUGUCUCUGAAGAUUCAUUUUCCAUAAGCCUAUAACUUUCUUUUCUACAUUCAGAUUUUGUCCCUUUUUCUUUCUUAUAACCAGAUUUGCUUUAGGACAAAUUUACUUUCCCUUAACAAAAACAUCUCAAUACCUCAUAACUUAUCUUACCCAAAACAUAUGCAAAUUUCCUUGUAUACAGAGUUUCCCUUAUUAUUUCUAGUAGUGUCAAUCACAUAUAUUAGAAUUCUUAACUCAUAGAAACUUUAGUUUCUAGUGAAAAUGAAGUAGUAAGCAAUUGUGAAUUGUCUAUUACACCAGCACUCUUUAGAUUGGCAUAUUUUUUUCUAAUAUAUUUUAUAAUUUCUAGAAACUUGCUUCAUAAUACAGUCUUUCAUCUUAACACAAGACAUGUUUACCAACAAACACAAUAUUUUUUGUUGCUCUGUAUUAGUGUUAAAAAAUAUUCAACUAGGGGUGCAUGGGUGGCUCAGUUGGUUAAGCGACUGCCUUCGGCUCAGGUCAUGAUCCUGGAGUCCCUGGAUCGAGUCCCGCAUCGGGCUCCCUGCUCAGCAAGGAGCCUGCUUCUCCCUCUAACCCUCCCCCCUCUCAUGUACUCUCUCUCUCUCAUUCUCGCUCUCUCAAAUAAAUAAAUAAAUCUUUAAAAAAAAAAUUCAACUAAGUAAAUUUGAAGAUCCAAUUGGCAAGAUUCAUGAAUUGAGUAGCAUUCUUUUUACCAACUAGAAAGGAGCUCCAAGUAUCUGUAAAAUGGAAGGCUUUCACAGGCAGAAAGGGCAGUAAUUAAUGUUCAGUAUUUUAUCUUAUUUGGAAAUGAUUUGGAUACUUAAUGAGUUUCACUUACUGUUUAAUUUAACUAAGCAAAAUUUUAAAGUUUCAGGUUCCCAAAAAGAUUUUGGAAACUUUUUAGCUACACAUACCAUAAAACAAAAAAAAUUUUUUUAAGAUUUUACUUAUUUACUGAAGACAGAGAGUGACAGAGAUAAUGAGAGAGAGCACAAGUGGGGAGGAGAGGGAGAAGCAGGCUCCCCACUGAGCAGAGAGCCCAGUGCACGGGGCUCAAUCCCAGGACCCUGGGAUCAUAACCUAAGCCACAGGCAGACGUGUAACGGAGCCACCCAGGCACCCAAAACAAACAUUUUUUUAGCUAAUCUCUAACCCCUGUGAGGCUUGAACUCAUGACCCUGAGAUCAAGAGUUGCAUGCUGUAUUGACUGAGCCAGCCAGACACCCCCCGUAAAACAUAAUUUUUGCUAAAAAGUUCACUGAAAAACUCUUAACUCAUUUACACCUAUUUGAAUCAUUUGCUCUCAACAAUUAUGUUUAGAUUACCUAUGAAAAUUUCAUGAGACAUUAGACAAAAUCAGCCACCAUUCAAAGUUAGAGAUAACAUGAACUUAUUUGAUUCAGAAACCCAGAUAGAAUAAAAAGUUGUGUGUCUGUAUUAUAUUCAAUCUUGGUAAGUCUAAGACAUGUCUAUUUUAAUCAAACCAGCCACCUUAAAUUAGCUUUUUUUUUUUUUUUUUAAUUUUUUUUUAUUCUUAUGUUAAUCCCCUUACAUUACAACAUUAGUUUUAGAUGAAGUGUUCCAUGAUUCAUUGUUUGUGCACAACACCCAGUGCUCCAUGCAGAAUGUGCCCUCCUAAAUACCCACCACCAGGCUAACCCAUCCUCCCACCCCCCUCCCCUCUAGAACCCUGUUUGUUUUUCAGAGUCCAUCAUCUCUCAUGGUUCGUCUACCCCUCCGAUUUCCCCCACUUCAUUCUUCCCCUCCCGCUACCUUCUUCUUCUUCUUCUUUUUUUUUUUUCUUAACAUAUAUUGCAUUUUAAAUUAGCUUUAAUACUGAAUAUUUUCCUAUAUCAUGUGAACCUGAAAUUCAUUUGGAUUAAGUUUCUAUCUUAUUUUUGAGAAUUUUUAUGAAUACUAAAGUUAUAUAAGCCCUUUUCUUUAAGCUAAUCAAAUGAAUUCUUUUUUCAGAUUAAUUUUGGCAAUACCAUUGGAGGUAGAAAAACACCAUAUCUAGAGCAUACAGAAAUAGACAUACAUAUCGACAAAUACAGAGAUCUUAUAGCUUCUCUUUUAAAACAAUAUAAAACUCACUACGUUAUAAGUAACAGUUGGAAUAAUUUAAGUUUACUUGCUCAGAUGCCCUAAGGUUUCUUACUAUUUCUGGAGAAGACUUUUAAGAUUUGUAUUUGUUCCUGAAAGUAAUUUUGAAGAGGCUGUGGUCUAGAGUCUUAGCCCUUUUUUGCAGUUUGUGUUUUUAAAAGGCUUCAUUUUCUUUUCUUUCUUUCUUUCUUUUUUUUUCUUUAGUCUUAGGCAAGUGUGGGUGUUGUUUUAGAUACCUCCUGAGGUGUUUAUAUUUCAAAGACAUGGUAAGAUUUGUAUCUUUAAGGGACAGAGAAAGAAUGCAAGUUUCUCCAAGAGAGACUCGGUUUUCUAAGGCCAAUAAUUUGCGAGUUAUUUGAGAUAAAUAGGGGAGGUUUUAGGAUUGGUAAAAAAAAAAAAAAAAGGAGUAGAUGGAUGUUUGAUUGCCUCUAGAGUUGCAUUUUUUUAGUUUUGCAAAGAUUUGUAAGAUAAGGACAGUUGCAAAAAAAAGAAGUUAAGGACAGUUGCUCUCAUUUUUUUUCUUUUCUUCUUACAUGCAGGACAGUUGUAUUUCCAGUGUCCUGAUUUUUUUUUUACAGUAUCUGCAAAUGUCUGAAGGCAAAUAGGAAGGGGUCUGAGUGGACUUUGAUUUUUGUUCUAAGUUCUGUUCUUUGAUCUUGUUAAGGGAGUCCCUAAGGCUAGCUGUGAUACCAAUAAGACAGUGAGAGAUCUCUAAAAAGAAUUUUUUUCUUUCAAAUAUAGCCAAUUUAGAGGAUCCAUCAUCUGGCCAUUGACAAGUAGGAUCUUAUAUUAGUCUCAAUAGUGACUUAAACCAAUAAGCCUUUUUAUGGCUUAACCAUGGAUCAAAGAGGCAUUCCCAAAGGAGAGUGCAAAAAUGGAGCCCUCACAAGAUCCAGAAAGUUUACUCCCAAAAUUAGCCUAAGAAAGAUCUAGCCACAAAUGGAAUGCAACCCACGUUUCUUUCUGGCCAAAUUAGUGACAAGGAAGGUUGAGGUGACAAAAGCCCCUUAGGGACCAGAACCCCUUAUGACAAAUUCCUCUGAGAGCUGGCACAGUUGGACAGACAAUGCUGACUAUUAGAGCCACAGCCUAUUGGGCUGCUUACCAGAUGCAUGCUGGUAUGUGCAUCCUCCAGUUGGCAGAGACCAGAGAGAAUAUUCUCAUUGGUUAUAAAGCUAAGCUUUCAAGACAGAAGAUGAGAGGAAAGCCUAGUCAGACCUAUGGUUUUCCAUACCUAUGACAAAUGACCCAAAAGACAGAGGCAGGGCACUUGGGUGGCUCAGUUGGUUAAGUGACUGCCUUUGGUUCAGGUCAUGAUCCUGGAGUCCCAGGAUCGAGUCCCACAUUGGGCUCCCUGCUCAGUGGGGAGUGUGCUUCUCCCUCUGACCCUCCCCUCUCUCACCUCUCUCAAAUAAUAAUAUAAAAAAUAUAAAAUUCUUAAAAAAAAAAAAGACAGGGGUGCCUGGGUGGCUCAGUCGGUUAAGCGUCUGACUUUGGCUUAGGUCAUGAUCUCAGAGUCCUGGGAUUGAGACCCAUGUCGGGCUCCCUUCUCAGUGGGGAGUCUGCUUCUCCUUCUCCCUUUGCCCCUCCCCUGGCUUGUGCUCUCUUUCAAAUAAAUAAAUAAAAUCUUAAAAAAAAAAAAGAGGCGAAAGAAAACAGUGACCAUCUCCGAGAGGAAAAGGAUCGAUUGAAAAAGAGUACUCGUAACAUAUUUUUACCAAAAUUGCUAUACCCAAUGACCUAGUUUCACACAUAUUUUUUCCUGCUAAUUUAAAUUUAGAUAAAGAAAAAGCCUCUCACCACUCUCACUUUCAUUAGACCCUGCAGGCAGAGAUCCAGGAAACCGAGGUAGUAAGAAUUCUUAUAUUCUACCAACUUUUUGUCAGAAAUCCCAGGAUCUUUCAGCUAUAGCAGUCCCAGGGUGAGUAACGUCCAGUCAGUUAAAGUUUAUCCUGUGAACUAUUCCAAAUGCUGGAAAGGAAAAUUUUUACUUUACCCUUCAAGAUUCUUUUGCCUGGUCUAAGAAUUAAAUUGACUUGAGACACAUUAACAAGAGAAAAUCAAAUUUAAUUCCUUACCUAUAGGGGCUCCAAAGGAAUAUGAUGUUCACAGGCAGUCAGGCAAUUGAGGCUUUUAUGGCACCCAGAGCUAAGGAGAAAGAGGUAGGGGUCUGGUACUUCAAAGGGAAGGAAGACAAUUCACAGGAAGAUGAAAAAGAGUAAGUAUGUUUGGUAAACAAAUGUUCACUGCACCAUAAAGAAACAGGACACAGGAAUUUUAACAAAUAGACUUUGCCAAGUUCCUCCCUGACCACCACCCAGGUUCAUUUUAUGCUGUGGUUAUCUAGGGUGGUAACUCUCUUCCUAGAGGAGAUCCUCUAUCUAAAUCGUUUUAGGCAGUUAGGGGGAAGGACAAAGGUUCUUCCUGAGCCUUCUGUUUCUUAAAAAUAAUCAGCCUAAAAUAAUCCAUAUGCCAAAGAGACAAAUUUUGGGGGUGGCAAAUUUUCUCCCCUACAACAUAAAAAAAGAACUUUACAAGAUUCAUGUUCAUGUCCCCCAGUCAGUUUGUAGGAAGGAAUGAGGGUUCUUUAAAAAAAUCCCCAUCUGCCCUGUCCCUCAAAAUAGAGUUCAGUUGUGGAAGACUUAAAGGGGGUGAAGGUAAUCAAUACAAAACUGAACUUUGCCAAAAGGGUUUGUAUUUGCUGUUAACCAAUAUCAGCCAAAGAAUGGCACAAGAAGGCAGAAGGGCCAUGUAACAUUUUUUUCUUCCCUGGAGCCCCAAUCUGACUUGGAUUGGCUGGCCAGGUCAGAGGAUAGAGGUGAGGUGCUAAAUCCUCUGGGCACAGAAGGACCACUGACUUUGGACCUCAUACACCGAGAAGGUGCCUGUCUUCAGAUCCCCUCUGAGCUGAAAGAAGGCAAAUAACUUCAUAGGUUACUAUAUGGUCCAUUAAACUAUAGAAAUAGCCAUUUGCCAGUUAGUGUACCACCACUUCAAAUAUGUCCUAUAGAGAAUUUAGGGAAAAAUCUUUUCCCCCAGUAUCAGGAAGUAAAUAAAUAAAUAAAUAGUAAACAAUAAGUAAGUAAAUAAUAAUAACCAACUAGAUAAUCUGGAUCCAGGAGCAUCUACGUGAGAAAGCUAUCAGAUGCACCCAAUUCCACCCAAUUGCCAAGACAGGUGGGAAAAGCUGAUCCUUCUCUUCAUUGAUGCUUAUGCAUGUAAUUUUAGUAAAUAGAGAAGGAUAAUGUGAAAGUUUAACAAAUAGCCUCCUUCCCUCUCCCUGUACACAUAGGGAACAGUUGAAUAAAAGCUAAGGGAAUUUGAUUCUGAAGGUCCCUGAAGAGCUGGAGAAAUCUCUUCCCUGGGGAUCCGAUCCCGGAAGAAUCAACUUGCAGCUCCUGUGGGCAAGCAGCUGGGGAACCAAUGCUGGAGGGGCAAGACCCAGCAAGUCCCUGUUGCCUUAUGGGAGUCCCAGGACAGAAGUGGUUGCAGUGCAUCACACCAGGCCCAUUCCUUAUCGAUCAAAUACUACACCUAGUUUUGCACCCGGAAAUUUGACCAAUUAACUGUGUGCAUGGUUUGUUGAGCUAGUUUCAGGAGACACACAGUGAUUAAACGUUUGUCCUUCCCUUCCAUUUUUUAAAUCUUAUAUUGGAGAAGGACUGAAGAUUGCUGGUGAUUUGUUCCAUUUCUCACUCUUAACAUUGCCAGGUGCGAAAUCACUUAGCUGUUCAGAAUUAAACACAUGCUCCCAGCUAAACUUCAAAGCUUCUUGAGAGAUUUAAAAUUUUUUGACUAUCAAAAGCAUCACCAUAGUUAUAGGAAAAAUCAGUACUCUAUGGUAUUUCUUUACUUUCAUAGUAUUUUUUUUUUUUUUAAAGACUUCAUUUGACAGAGAGAGACACAGCAAGAGAGGGAACACAAGUGAGGGAGAGGGAGAAGCAGGCUUCCCGCUGAGCAGGGAGCCCGAUGUGGGGCUCAAUCCCAGGACCCUGGGAUCAUGACCUGAGCCGAAGGCAGACGCUUAACAACUGAGCCACCCAGGCGUCCCGUUUCAUAGUAUUUUAAAUUAUAAAUGCAGAGAAGGGAUGAGAAUCCUAAUCUUCUCAGUGCUUUUCAGAGGCCAUUAGGGGUCUUAAUCAGACUAGAUAUGCCACAAAGUUACCAGAAUGCCCUGGGUAGGGGGACAAGUGUAGGGCUGCCCAAGAGGCCUGGACCACUAAAGGGGGGAUUGAAUGCCAGGAGUAGGAGGGUGCCUCCCAUUCCAGGAGCUCAGAACCCUGAUCUUGGAUUUGGUUGGCAGCUUAUGGACAUAUCUAUCUACAAGGAGUUGUUUUGUUUUAGUUUUAACUUUAUGCAAAUAACACAUAGAUACAUUGCCCUUGAAAAGCAUUUAAUGCUUACAAAUUAAGACUAAAGUCCCCUAUGACCAAUACCAUCUAUCCUGGUUUCCUCCUCUUCCCAAGCAGUAACCUCUAUGGCCACUUUAAGUGUAAAUCCUUCCAGUUUUUUAAUCAUUUUUACCUACUUAAAAUAUAUGCCCAUAUUUAUGGUAUUGUUUUAUAUAUUUCUGUGACAUAAGUACAAUCAUACUGUAUGUUUUCAUGUCCUGCAAGUUGCUUUUAUCCUCAACAUGUCUUGAGACUUACAAAUUAGUACUGCAGAGACCACCAACCUACGAAACGGGUCUAGAGAAUAUUUCAAAGUGGAAACAUCUUAGCUACAGAAUAUGCUGAAAGAAAUGUCAUCUGAAUUUCCCUUAUCUGAUCAGGAUAGAGUUUUACUAGAGUCAGCAACCAGCAUUCUCCCCUACCAACCCAUUGAUUCUUGAGUCAAGGAGGCAUUGACCUUGGGUGCUGGGACAUUCCAAAAAAAAUGUAAACAGGUCUCACCAGAACCUUCCAUCCUUUGAAGCCCAAAUGCUGCAGUGAAAAGCUUUGCACGUGCCCCUCUGUAUAUAUGUAUAAAGAUAUCUUACAAAACAGGAAUUGCUGGGGCACCUGGGUGGCUCAGUUAGUUAAGUGACCAGCUCUUGAUUUCAGCUCAGGUCUUUUUUUUUUUUUUUUUUAAAGAUUUUAUUUAUUUAUUUGAGAGAGAGAGAAUGAGAGAUGGGGAGCAUGAGAGGGAGGAGGGUCAGAGGGAGCAGCAGACUCCCUGCUGAGCAGGGAGCCCGAUGCGGGACUCCAUCCCGGGACUCCAGGAUCAUGACCUGAGCCGAAGGCAGUCGCUUAACCAACUGAGCCACCCAGGCGCCCGCUCAGGUCUUGAUCUCAGGGUCAUGAGUUCAAAUCCUGUGUUGGGCUUCACACUGGGAGUGGAGCCUACUUAAAACAAACCCACCAGGAAUUGCUAUAUCAUGGGUUACGUGCCUUUUAGACUCUAGACACUAGUAAACAGAGUGUAGAAUGUGAUAAAUGUUUAGCAACUAGUCUUCUAAAAAGGGGGAUAAGGACUGAAUUGUAGCAUUUGCUCAUUUCCAUUGUGUAAGUUUUCCCGCCAUGGCUGAUUUCAAACUACUAAUGUGACAUUAGUAAACUUGGAAUUGGGAAGAGAUAUGUACAAUCAGUUCUUGCAAGCUGGUGUGAGUCUAGCACAGUUCCCAGAAUCCCUCAAACUCAGGAUGCAAAGAGAUAUUGGCAAAUAGCCCUCUAAAGUAGCCCAACCAACUUAUACUUUCACAAGCAGUGUAUGAAAGUAUCUCAAUAUAAACACACUUUUUGCCAGUAUAAUUAGUCAAAAAUAAUGUUUCAUUUUGCCUUGCAUUUUCUCAGUCAUCAGUGAGGUUGAGCAUCUUUUCUUUGCUAUUUUUAUUUCUUCUUCUGUGAAAUGGUCCAUAUCUUUUGCCUGUUUUUCUUUUGAGUUGUUUGCCUUUUUCUUAUUGAUUUGUAGCAACCCUUGACAUAGUCUGGAAACAUCCAUCAAAGGAGUUUUCAGUCUAUUCUAGACAAUGAAAUUGGAAGAAUAUUUCCAAAUUUUAUUGAGCACCUGCUAUAUGAAUAUACCCAUCAAGGACUGGAACUGAGAGAGAACAGUACACAUUGUGUACAUCAAACUCUGUAUGUACUUGUUUAACAUUGUGGUAAGGUCAAUUGAACACACACGUGCAUACCAGCAAUACUAAUAAAAAGUAAUUACUAUGAAAAAAAUAAAUUGUAUUUUGGUUCA